CAAAAUCUGUGUGGAACAAUGCUGAGUGCAACAGUUGCACUGAAGUGAAACCAGACCCGGAGAGAAGGGAGGCUGAUCCGGAUUCGACCCCUGUCAGCUCAGCCAAGUCGGGAUGGUGACGGGGGUGUUGCCAUGCCUGCUGCUCGCAUUCCUCACCUGCAGCGUGGCCGUCUGCGGUGGCCAAGGCGAGUUCUGCCACGGUUGGAUUGACGGCGCCGGGAAGUGGCACGACGGCUUCCAGUGCCCGGAGGAUUACGACCGCGCCGACGCGGCCAUCUGCUGCGGCUCUUGCUCCCUGCGUUACUGCUGCGCGGCCGCGGCGGCCAGGCUGGCCCAGGGGCGCUGCACCAACGACAGGGAGCGGCACGGCGCCAACCCGGCGGCACAGCCCAUCUAUGUGCCGUUUCUCAUUGUAGGCUCCAUAUUUAUUGCUUUCAUCAUCCUGGGUUCGCUGGUGGCAGUUUACUGUUGUACCUGCCUCAGACCCAAACAACCAAAUCCGCAGCCUAUGCGAUUCUCCAUGCGGAAUCACCAGACAGAGACUAUUCCUAUGAUCCCAACCUUCACCAACCUGAGGACUCCCUCCAGACUGUCCAGCACUGCGACCAGUUCCAGCUCCACCGGAGGCUCCAUUCACAGAUUCUCCAUCAGCAGGUCGGAGCCAGGGCACGGCUGCCUUGUCCCAUCUCCUCCGCCUGCUUACAGCUCCCCCGGCUGCCUACAAGCCGGACAGGGCUUACACCUCAACCAGGGCCAGGGAUUCUUGGUUCCCCAGCAGUACUUCGCCUACACCCUGCAGCCAGAGCCGUUCACAACGGGCAAAAGUUUCAACGACUUCACCCAGAACCGCUUGAAGCCUCAGAGCACAUCUUCGCAGAACGCAGAACAAGUGAUCUACAACGCGGGUUUAUAAGAGAGGGCAUUUUGGAAAGGGAUCGUCCUUAUCAACGGCGGCGGCGUGAAGCAACCCUCUCCCCCCUUUGGAAAGGGUUGUUUCGCAGUUGUGAUGGUGGGUGCAAUCUCCAGCCAGCCGGACAACCGGGAGCCUGGCGCCUAGCAAAAAUACCCGAACAGCUGGGUGGAAGUUUAUCUAACCACUCUCACUGCAGCUCCGGUCAAAGGGAUAUAAAGGCCAAUACUAGUGGGCCUCGUCCGCUCCACCAGGUCUUUCAGGCGGUUUCUUGAAGGUGAUGAAUUGGUUCAGCUUUCUAAAUUGUUCCUUUAUCCUGUUAUUUUUUUCACACAUCACCGUGAUUUUCUUUUCGCAGAACACUAAACUUUAUCAAAGUCGUCAAGAAUAAUACAUGGCAUUAAAAUCAUCUUUGAACCAGAGAUCCAUCUCACUUUGGAGGUGUGGUCCAGGGAAAGACGGCCGUGUUUCCCUGCUGUGCAAUGUAUCUGCCAACGACGGCUGUAAACCGGCAGAAUUACGACCAUUAGAAUAUUCGAGUUAUGAAUCUCAUCCCUGCAACUAAA